AUGAUGACAGGGAGUCAGAGCGUAGCACAAGAGGGACAGCAAGCGUUCAUGGCGCACGUCUAUUCAACCGAAAUAACACGUCACCUCAACAUCAACAUGUCGUCCGCACAGCCUGGAAAGGAUGAGCUCGCCUACUUGCGUAGGUUCGAGGCUCAGGUGCACAACAACAAGAAAAGAGCAGAAGAGGCCAAAGAGAAGGCCGAUGAUGCCAAAAAGAAGACCGAGGAGGACAACAAGGCUAAAGAAGAGAAAGCCACUGAAACCUCGAAGGCCAGCAGCAGCGGCGGGACGUAG